AUGCUUACCACUUUCCUUGCCACUGCUGUUUUUUGCUCGCUGUGCUUUGCUCAAGAAAUGACUAAAGCUGAAAACAAAUCCCAAUGGAUCAACCAAAACAAAACCAUACAUCCACCAAUCACAGAGUUGAAACUGACAAUGGCAAUGUUGAAAUUAGUGGAUGUGGUUGAGGUUGAGGAAAAAAUCACAUUUCUGUUUGAUUAUAUCGCUGAGUAUACGGACUAUCGAUUGAAAUGGAAUCCACUGGAAUAUGGGGGAAUUAGUCAUAUUUAUGUGCCACAAAAAUCCAUAUGGCUUCCAGAGAUUACGAUUGCAGAUGCUCACGAAGUGAAGUUCUUCGAAUCAGAUGACGCUCCACGAACUGCAUGGAUCAACUACAACGGCACUGCUGGCUUCUACACAUCUACCGUAGCGUCUGUGAUUUGCCAACUAGACGGAAACGGAGAAUGGAAAGUAACAUAUAUCGGAGUAGCUGAAGAGAAUAACGGCAAUCUAGGAGAAACUCAAAGGUUCAUAGCUCGAUUCCAAAGAAAUCCGAGUUUCUAUGUGGCUCUUGUGAUGGUCCCCGCUUAUUUUAUCAAUUUCUUAUCAAUAAUUGCUCUUUUUAUCAAUAUCGAGAAUGUUGGGGAGAAGAUUACGGUCGGCCUUACCAACAUUAUGGCAAUGACUUUUAUCUUGGUGAUUCUAGCUGCCGACCUUCCAAAAACUGCAAGGAUUCCAUUGUUAGCUAUCUACGUUAUCGUUGGGCUCGUUAUUGUUAUGGCGUCCAUUGGUGUGGUGCUAGUACUACCGUAUGUUCGAAAAUAUCAAGCAAAACGGAACAAGAAUCAAGAAAAAGUACUGGAUGAUCAGACAAGGUCUUCCACAACGGAUCGGUCGGCUUCUACACCGCUACCGUAUGCUCUAUAA